GGAGCUGCAGCCGCCAAGUCCGGAUCCUCCCUCGCGCGCCACCGACGCCCGCCCGCCGUGCACGCCCGGUUCCUUUUGGUUCCAAGUCCAAAAUGGCAACACUCAAGGAUCAGCUGAUCGUGAAUCUUCUUAAGGAAGAACAGAGCCCCCAGAAUAAGAUUACCGUCGUUGGGGUUGGUGCUGUGGGCAUGGCUUGUGCCAUCAGUAUCUUAAUGAAGGACUUGGCAGAUGAACUUGCUCUUGUUGAUGUCAUGGAAGACAAAUUAAAGGGAGAAAUGAUGGAUCUCCAACAUGGCAGCCUUUUCCUUAAAACACCAAAAAUUGUCUCUGGCAAAGACUAUAGUGUGACUGCAAACUCCAAGCUGGUUAUUAUCACAGCUGGGGCACGUCAACAAGAGGGAGAGAGCCGCCUUAAUUUGGUCCAGCGUAACGUGAACAUCUUUAAAUUCAUCAUUCCUAAUGUUGUAAAAUACAGUCCCAACUGCAAACUGCUUGUUGUUUCCAAUCCAGUGGAUAUCUUGACCUAUGUGGCUUGGAAGUUAAGCGGCUUUCCCAAAAACCGUGUUAUUGGAAGUGGUUGCAACCUGGAUUCAGCCCGUUUCCGAUACCUGAUGGGGGAGAGGCUGGGAGUUCACCCAUUAAGCUGUCAUGGGUGGGUCCUUGGGGAGCAUGGAGACUCUAGUGUGCCUGUAUGGAGUGGAGUGAAUGUUGCUGGUGUCUCCCUAAAGAAUCUGCACCCUGAUUUAGGCACUGAUGCAGAUAAGGAGCAGUGGAAACAAGUUCACAAACAGGUGGUUGACAGUGCUUACGAGGUAAUCAAACUGAAAGGCUAUACAUCCUGGGCCAUUGGCCUGUCUGUGGCUGAUUUAGCAGAAAGUAUGAUGAAGAAUCUUAGGCGGGUGCAUCCAAUUUCCACCAUGAUUAAGGGUCUCUAUGGCAUAAAGGACGACGUCUUCCUUAGUGUUCCUUGCAUCUUGGGACAGAAUGGAAUCUCAGAUGUUGUGAAGGUGACCCUGACACCUGAGGAAGAGGCCCGUUUGAAGAAGAGUGCAGACACACUGUGGGGGAUCCAGAAAGAGCUACAGUUUUAAAGUCUCCUGAUGUCCCACCACCUCACUGUCUAGGCUACAGCAGGAUUUUAGUUGGAGAUUGUGCAUAUUGUCCUUUUUAUCUGAUCUGUGACUAAGAACAUCAGUUUCCUAAAGAUAGAACUAGUAAUGGUUCAUAAAACCCAGCCUCUACAUCCUGAUCCUUAUCUUGUGUAGUCCUAAACUGGUUAGUGUGAAAUAGUUCCACCUCCUCAAAGGCACCACUGCCAAUGUUGCUCACGCUACAGUUGCCCUUCAGACUAGAUGUGUGUUCACUGUGUUAUAUAACUUGUGGUUCCUUUUUCUAUAAUUAGUCACAUCCUGGGAGCCAAUGUAAAUCCAAUAUUGCAUGUUUUGUGCAUAACUGCUCUAAAGGAUCUUAUUCUGUGUACUAUAUGUAUCAGAUUCGUGUACAUUGCCAUAUAAUAUAAAAAAUCUACAUAUAAAUAAUACAGCCAACUAUCCAAGUGUCAUACCAACUAAAAUGCCAAAUAAACCUUGAACAGUGA